GAAUUAUUUAGAAAUAAUAUAUAUAUAAAUUAUAUUACAUCUUUUUUGCCAAGAAAAUAUUUCAAAUUGCUUCAGACGAUUCUUCUGGGGCAUAUUUACACACCUUCAUCUUUAAAUCAUGCGUACUAAAACACGCUCGCCUUGAUGGUAUUUGUUUGCAAAGUAUUUUUUUUUUAAAUGCCUAUUUCCUGACAAGAUCGUAUUCCUUUAAAAAAAAAAGUCAGGUCUACAGUCUUAAUCACCCGAAGGUUAAACUUGUGCACACCUGAAGCAAAAUCAUAGGUGAGGACAAACCCUAUCCUUUAAGUGGACUGAAAAAAAGGGAUUGGACCAAAACUUCAGCGAACGAUCCUCAAAAAUGUGUUGUUCAACAAUAGCGAAAUGCAUCUUCAUGGUUAUCAACGUGCUUGUAUUGGUAAGAACCUAAUUAUUGAAGCUUACAAAUCCAUUCUUAUUUAAACGCCAACGACUAUUUGUGAACACAUCUGAUCUUCAAAGACUUAGUUAUUUGAUUCAGUCACGGUCGAGCUUUGCUUCAAACGUAAUUCGCCUUCGAGAGUUUUCCCAGUCUUUAAUUACAAAUUUCACAUAUAAUCUCUUAUAUAAUAUAUUUUGCUUGUGGUGUGCCUGCUUCAAUUUCCGGAUAGCGCGCGAAAUAUAAUUCACGAUAACAACGCAAAUUGAUUUUUAAAAAAAAUAACGGAACUGCGUUUGGUGCGUAACAUUUUCUUUUUCUGUUCAGAAAAUGUAGUAGUCUCAAUUUAAAUAAGGUGUAAUAAAUAUUCGGCUUAAAAGUGGUUGGGAAUCAGAAUAUUUUUUUCAUGGGGGUGAAAUAAAAUGUGAGCAGUAACAUUUCAUUUGGGAGGGGGGGAGGGGUGUAGCGAAAAUUGGGAUUCUCAAAAGUGCGUUACUUGAGUUCAUAUCUUGUCAAGUAAUUUUAGUAGAUCGGAAGUUCACCCCAUUGCAGUCGCCAAUGUUUGGCGGCGCGAUAACUAGCUAUUUAUUAUUUUGCCAACGCGUCAUUGUAAUAAGUUUUUGGUAUUUACAUUUAUUUAGGCAUUUUUAUAUAGCGCUUACCUUAAAGUUCUAAGCGCUUUACAAUUAUUAAAAACAUGUAAACUAAGUAAAAUAAAAAUGAGACACUAGGAUAGUAACUACUAUACUAUAGAAACAAUGAAAAUGGCUAUAAAACGAGGACACUUUGGCACGUGUUGGCCUAUACUACAGGAUCAACCCGAGACAGAAAAUGAGGCAGGGCAAGGAGGGUGCAUCACAGGUCAUAGGCGGAUCUAACAGAUGGGUUUUAAGGGACAUUUCACUAUUUGCCUAUGAGAUUAUGGAGGUUUGGCAAAGAACAAUAGUUUUUAAGGAGACGAUUUUAUAAGUCAGGUGAAGGUGGAUGAAAGAAAUCCCAAGAAGUCAAUUUUCUGGACGCUUCGUUACACUUUAAGCUAUACAGAUAAUAUAAAUAUAAAUAUAUAUAUAUUUAAAUUAAAAAAGUGCUGAUCUUGGAGUUGGACUUAGCACAGAGCAGUCACGUGGAUCCCACAAUUCCAGCAGCUGCAGAAUACUUUGGAUAAUUUAAGGGGGCCUAAAUAUAAUGAUUUUGUAAAAACUAAUAAUAACUACACCAUCAACUACAAAAAAAAAAGAAAAAAAAAAAAACAACAAAAAAAAAAAUAAAAAACAAAAAAAAGAAAAAGACACAAAACAUCACGUGAUGGCUCUGACUAAAAAAAAAAGGGGGGGGGGUAAUUCAAAAUUGAAAAUUUAGUAACGUAAAUAAAAGACUAGCUGUUAUGGAUGGCAAAUCAUAAAAACGUUAUUUAAAAUGGAACUGUUUUUAUGUACACAGCCAGGCUAUAUGCUGUGUUUGUCCACUGUUAGCGUGUACAGAGACAGACUAUAUGUUGCUUUUGUCUACCUCGCGCUUUACCAGGCUAAUGGUUACCUUCCACCGAUGUGAUUUAAACACCAUGACACUUCCACGCUGGUUUCUGUCUUCCAAAGGAAGCAUUCGUUUUAUUUAGCAUUGUUGUUAAUAGCACAAUGGCCCCCCUCAGUGGGUCUUCUCAGCAUAGUGUAGGAAUUCAUUGAAACAUUGUUUUUUUGUAUAGUUACAAUGGGAUCUAAUUACUUGUCUUGUCUUGUCUUUUUUUUUUUCAGAUCAUAAGUACGGCUUUCAUAGCACUGGGGACGAUUGUAGCUUUUACGCCAGAUAUCUUAGCCAUUCUGUUUAAAGCUGCCGAAACAUCUGCCGGUAAAGAAUAUACUUUAGAGUUAACUAUAUAAUAUAUACAUCUAUGCAUAUAAAUAUAUAUAUAUAUAUAUAUAUUACAAUUAUUGUAAACCAGGGGUUGGCAACCCACGGCACGCGUGCCAGACUUGGCACGAAGAACUAUUUUCGAUGGAGCGCAGUAGAGCAAAAAAAAAAAAAAAAAAAAAAGACAUGAAUUUAAGCAGGCGGUGCAGUUAAAAUUUCACGUUGUCGGCACGCUGCAUAAAUUAGAAGAACCGCUUUGGCACAAAUCUAUGCCACAAGGUUGCUGCCCUGUGUUUUAGACAAUCCGUAAGUUGGGCCCUAUUAAAAAAGAUAAGGAAAUUUAGUUUUUUUUCUUUUCAUUUAAUUAAAAAAAAUAAUUAUAUUUUACCUAUUUACCUAGGGGUGUGUUGGUGGGGUAUGUUGGUGGGGGUGUGAGGGGUGGGAGGGUGGGUGGGGGUUGUUGAAGUUAUUAUUUCACAGCCCAACCAAAUCUUGGUGCUUAAGCACGAUCGUUAAGGUAAAUCUAUGUUCAUGCUACAUAAAUAAUACAAACCAUAAAAUAUACACCCUUUAAACGUAUCCUUAUCAUUACACACAACCUGACCAGUGGUGCUAACGUAGGGUGUACGCACCCCUCCCCCCCCCCAAAUCCAGGCCAAUGUUCUAGUGGGGGCUUCGGGGCAAAAAAAGUCGGGAACCAUCGACCUAAGAGAAUUUCAAUCCAAAAUAUUUAUUUUGCCUGUCAAUAAUUGAUACUGUUCAGUUGUUUCAGUGAUGUUCGAUUGAGAGAAUUUUAUUCCAAUUAGACAUUCUCAUUUUUUGUUUUGUUUUUAUCUAUUUAUAAAUUUGCUUUUAGCUCUCACCAGCCACCCAAUUCCGCUAUCUGCUGACGUCUUGAAUGACUUCCCAUUGCUCUACGAGUUAGGGAUUGGAUUAUUCGUUUUAGGUGGUGUUCUCUUCAUCAUAAGCUUCCUGGGAUGCUGUGGGUCGUGCUGCAGUUGCUUUGAUUGGAUGUUGAUAUUAGUAGGUAGAUUUGAUAUUAGCAAGUAGAUUUGAAACUAGUGAGUAGAUUUGAAACUAGUGAGUAGAUUUUAUAUUAGUGAGUAGAUUUGAAAUUAAUAAGUAGAUUUGAUAUUACCAAGUAGAUUUGAUACUAGUGAGUAGAUUUGACAUUAGUAUUUAGAUUUGAUGUUAGUAAGUAGUUUUAAUAUUAGCAAGUAGAUAAGAUAUUGGUAAGUGGCGACGGGCUGGAGGGACGGGGAUGGCUGUACACAGAGGCGGUCAGCCAAAUCUACGGAUGGACAAACGGACAGACGUACAGUCAUUCUUGACGAGGUUGAUGUCAAUUUUGUAAUAAUUACAUAAUUACAAAACUUGCCCAACACAAGACGACGUGUGCAGGCUUUAAACUCUUGUGCCGCAUCAGCGCCCUUAAGCCAUGUGACAUCAAAACGGUAAACCAGGGGUGGCCAUUCCAACAAGCCUUUUGUGGUCCACUUUGGUACUGAGUAAACAAUUCGCGGGCCGCGUGUCAUUACAUCUUAUAUGAAUUAUUAAAAUAAACCCUCAAUAAAUACAGAAUAUAAUUGUUCUAUCCAUUUCUUAAUGUGCACAAUUAAAUGCGCAAUAACACAAAAGAAUACAACUAAACUGAUGUGACGUCAUUCUAUUUGGUUUUUCUACUCACUUGUCUUUUUAAAAUCCAUUUCUUUGUCAGUUGGCAAAAGAUCAAAUAUACUAGUUUGUGUUAAAUCAGGCUUAAGCGGGCCACUGUAUUUAACACGGGGGGAGGGGGAGAGGGGGGAGGGGGGCGUGGCAUGUGGGUUGGCCAACCCCUGAGAUAAACUCUCUCACUUUGUCUUCAAGAUUGAAUCUCCUCGCUUGACAGCGUUGCAGUCCUCCCCAAUUGAGAUUUAAACAAUUAUUCUUAACUUAAAAUGUAAUUCCGUACAUGCUGAAACACCGUUCAUUCGACAAACAAAAAGAGAUAAUUACAGAGAAGGGAGCCCAGAAAUACAGACGGACGAACAGAUGCACGUAAGAGUUUCUAAAGAUUCAAAUCCAGAAAAUUUUUUACACAUUUUAUCGCUUAAAAAAAAAAAAAAAAGGUGAUUUUUCCAGUCACCAAUAGCUAAUAUAACUUAGGCAGGAGCAGCCUACUUUGUAUAGUUGCUAGGAUUUAUUGAAUGUCGAUUUUGUAUUUCAGUUUGCCGUUGUCAUGGUGAUACUUAUGAUUGUUGAAAUAGUGAUUGGAACCAUGUUCUUUGUCACGGAUUCUCCCGUAAGUUACAGAUGGAUAUCAGUAUUAAUUUAAUAAUAUAACCAUUUUGUUUAAACUAUAGGGGAAAAAACAAACGUUGUGAUAUGCAUCGUGACGUGACGUAAAGCUGUGGAUGGGUGACUGCGCCAACCGAACUGAAGGGUCAGCACGGAGCAGGCGAAUCUGAGUACCUCAGACGUGACCAGGGUGGUGUGUGGGGGGGGGGAGGAGUCACCACUAGGGUGUAGCCUAAGAUAGCCAGGUGCAUAACGGGUAGUUACCUCAAGGAAGAAGAGCGUGUACACCUGGGCGAUUACAAGAGUUGUUGGGUGCACUGUCACUUUUAUUGGAAUGUGAUGAGGGAAGAAAUGAGUUCGUUGCUAAUAAUCGUUUGAUGCGGAUACGAACCGUAGUGUGGAUUAAAUUCAGCAGUAUGGGACCCAGACAAACUAGGAAAAAAACAACAACAACAAAAAACAAACAACACUGCGUAAAAUUCAUAAAGCAGUGCUUUUCAAACAAACUGUGUCGCGGAACAGCAGUGUGCCGCCUGCAGGUUUUAGGUGUGUCGAGCUAAAAUAAGCUUUAAUGAAGUUCCCGCAUUUUUUAGUCAUCGAAGGAGCCGAUCGGAUAUACGAAUCGAUCAUGCAAGUUUACGCUGUGUCCUCUUUUGCUAUACAUGUAGAUUAUAGAUAUAUAGUCAAGUCUCCAGUUCAGUCUUUAAAUAGCCAAACUCAUUUAAUAGCAAGACCGACAUGGUUAUGUGAAAUUUAUGAUUUAAUAAUAGGUUUAACCUUAUUUUGGACAUUCCACGCCCCUUUCCGCCAUUUUCUUUGGUUUAAAGAGUACUGACGUAAGGCUGCAUCAAUUAUAAAGAUGUCAGUAAUAUGUUUAAAGAAAGAGGUAGAAGAACUUGGAUUGACAGAGAAUGAGAUUCUCGAAUACUGAGGAAUAGAAUCACGGAGAGGAAGAAUGGAGAAAGAGACAUCAGUAGAGUGGAGGGAAAAGAGAAUGCCAGAGAGAGGGAAAUAAAAUACUAUUAGAGAAGACAGAAAGUCAAUAGAAAGACAAGCUGAAUUCAAGGAGAUUAAGAGACAAGAAGAGAGGCUGAAUAGUAUAAGCAGAGACGAGAAGAGACAGCUAGAUAGCUAGAUAUAUAAAUAGAGCGACAGAUAAUUAGAUGGAUACAUAUAUAUAUAUAUACAUAGAUAGAUAUAUAUACAGAUAGAUAGAUAGAUAGAUAGAUAGAUAGAUAGAUAGAUAGAUAGAUAGAUAGAUAGAUAGAUAGAUAGAUAGAUAGAUAGAUAGAGAUAGAUAGAUUAGAUAGAUAGAUGAUAGAGAAAAAGAGAGAGGGAGAGAAAGUACCAAAUGUUUAGGAAAAUGAGCUAAGGCAAGCUCUACUCAAUAUUAUAUUUAUAUAUAUAAAAAUAUGGCUGGAACUUAUGUAAUGAUCAACUUUCAACUUUAAAAGAUUUGUGUGUGUGUGUUCGUGUGUGUGGGGAGGGGGGGUGGGAGUUGGGGAAAUAACAUUUUAAUACAGCGACCUACUUAACUACUCUUAAAUCUUCAAAAGAAUAAUGCUUACAUUAAUCACUCUUCUUGUUAGUAUAAUCUUUUAAUAUAUUUAUACUUGAUACAUAAACAACUUAUAUAUUUAAUCCUUACAUUCUUAGCAAACAGUUAAUGUGACUUUCAUUUUUUUGUAUAAAUAUUUCUCAUUUAAUAAGUGUGCUCAUUAUUUUCAGCUCCACGAUUUUGUUCGUCAAAAUCUCAAAGACAGAUUAGCUCAUUUCGACUACAGAGAAGACACCAAAGACUCCUUCAGCAUCGCCAUCAACCUGGUCAACUACCUUGUAAGCAUAUACAUAAAUUUAGAAUGUUAUUGUUUGUAAAAAUAGCCUGGUCGACUGAAGUAAAGAAAUAACCCAUUUGGCUUACGGCCCGUCAUCAUAAAAGUUCAGUCUCUAACCUUGACCCUACAAAUUUUAUCGGUUGUUAGCGAUGUAAUUUUCAUAAUUAGAUCACAUCUGAACGUUAAACAACUUGGACCCUAACAAAUACGGCAGAAAACCUAUUAAACACAUGGGAGAGGAAAGUUCUACGGAUAAUACAAGGACCAACAAAGGAUGAAUGUUUAAAGCUGUUAAGUAAGACAACGUAUGAAUCAAAUAAAAAUACACAACACAGUAGACGUUUGUGUAGUGAUACAUUUUGCAUAGGCCUUUUCCAAUUUAUGUGUCAUGGACAGCGUAAAGAAACUUGAUGAUAACUCAAUGAAUAAUUUUAAAAGAAGACAUUUGUUUAUGGACUGUGUGCAACUAUUGAGUGUUGUUUUUCGCUUUAGUUUAAGUGCUGUGGAAUUGAUGGAAUUGAAGACUUUCCAAACCCCGACCUUCCAAAGCCAGAAACUCUUUACUCUUGCAGUACUGAAUACCCUCCAUCAGUAAGUAUUAUUUCAAUGUUCAUAGUUUCAAUUGUACUCUAAUACGGGUUUUUAAAAAAAUCACUUGAUGCAGAAAGAAAUCUUUAAAGGGUGCGAGUGAAUAAAAAAUUGUAAAAUAAAGUAGUGUUUACGAAUAGGCAAUGGUAUACUAAAAAUACGGCAAGAAAAGACCUUAAUAAUCAAUAUAUUUAAAAAAAAAAAGAGUUUGAUUAGAUACAAAUAUCAGUGACUAUACAAGUUUGAAACACAGCAAACUCUGCUAAAGCAAAGCGUUUUUCUCAUAACGGAACACCUAUAGUCUGACGAAGAAUACACUUCUCUAAAAAGUGAACACCGCUUUAAUAAAUUUAAUUGUCAUUUUGGUAAAUAUAUAUAUAUAUAUAUAUGUUGUUGUUGUUCGUCCGUCGAAGUUGACAAGAACCAUCGAAUCAUCCGGUUAGGGGCGGGCCGGGGGGGGGGUUGGGAUUACGGUGAGCUCUUAGGUGGCUUGUUAGACCGAUCCUUGCUCGGAAUAAUCUAUGACACCGUGGGCAUGGAAUAGUUGCUUCAGGCGAUGACCUAAUGUUGCUCUUUCGGACAAGCCUGCGUGUCUCAGCUGUGGUUAUUCUCUUAGCUUCAUGGGAUUUAGCCCCCUUCUUGACAGCAGCUUUCCAUCUGGCUCUGUCCUGGUGGGCUGUCUGCAUCCAUUGAGUAGGGUUUAUGCUGAAGGCCUUUAGUGCCACUUUCAGUGAGUCUUUGUAACGCUUUCUUUGGCCUCCUUGGGAGAGCUUGCCUAUCGUGAGUACUCCAAAGAAUAUUUGUUUUGGGAGCCGGUGGUCUGCCAUACGGGCUACGUGUCCCAUCCAACGGAGCUGAGACUGCAUCAGAUGGGUGAAGAUACUAGGCAGGUUCGCUCUAGCGAGGACCUCGUUGUCGGGGACUUUGUCUUGCCACCUGAUAUAUAUUUAUAAAAGUGAAAUUUUGUUUGUGGGUUUAGGGGUUUGUUCUACAAAGGCUUUUACAUGGGUUUAUGGAUCUUGACCAAACGUGGCACAUAUAUCCAUCAUGAUCCAGAAGGAAAUCUUAAGGGGUUAUAAACUUUUUAUAACAUUCCGUUAGGGGCCGGGGGCCCCAAAUUCGUUUUUUCCGUAUAUGAGCGAUUUAAAAAUAAUUAGAAACAAAUACUCCUACAUGAGUAGAUCGAUCUUGACCAAACUUAGUACACAUAUACUUUAUUAUCCAUAUUCAAAUAUCGAAGGGUACUGGACUCAUAAUAUCCAUUUCUCUGGGGCCGGGGGGCCAAGUUCAUUUUUCCUUAUAUAAGCUAUAUAAAUAUCAAUAGGCUUAUGUGAAUUGAUGGAUAUAGGCCUAGCGUUGUAGCAAUACCCUUCUUUUGCUGUAUUGAUCUAUCGCUGCUUUAAAACUAAUAAGAUCCAAUCUAGAAUUUUCCAGAAAGUUGCAUAAUUUAAAAAAAGCGACAUCUAUGUCAUUUUAAAGUAGCUUUUAAUGGGGCAAAUUUUAAAUUUUAACUUCAUUAUUUAUCUGUCUGAUUUUAUAGGGCCCCUAUCUCAGGCAUAUCCAUAUCGGUACAUUUAUGGAAUGCCCACCACCCCAGGGGCCCCUCGAUUAACUUAAAAGAAAUAGGAUUAUAAUUAUGGCAUUUGUUGAAGAUUUUUAUCGUAUUUGAAAAAUAAUUAGAUAAGUUGUUUUUACACAUGUUUCGAGCAGGUUAUUAAAUUUAAUCUAGAAUAUUCCAGAAAGUUCUAAAUUGUUCCACGGGGAUUUAUAGUGGGGUCUAAAGGAUAAUGAAAUUUUAGUUAGUUCUAUUCAUUUCUAUACUGCCCCGGAGUUUACUGUUAUCUCAGUUCCACUGAAGAGUUUUUUGAUGCAGGAUACCAAAGGGGUCGGGACACCAUCAUAAUCUGUAUCCCAACGGGAUUAGGAUCCCACAAGAAAACGGGAUGCCACCGGGAUCGGGAUCCCAACCUUGAAUGUAUCCACCAGGAUCGGGAUCACACCGGGAAACGGGACUGCGCCGGGAUCGGUGUCAGCAUGGGAUUUGGGUCCCAAUGGGAUUGGGGGUCCCACCAGGACCCGGGUCCUAAUGCAAUCCCGUGCAACGCCGGUGAUAUUGGCUAGUUUAUAUAUAUAGGCCAAAUAAUAGAACCUGAUCACGAGAACUCAAGAACAACACGCCUUACAAAGUUACUAGUUUGUCUGUUAAUUCCUCUUAAACUGCAAUAAGUUCCAGCCAAUAAAAACACUACGAUUUUAUGUUGCCUAAAAUGAACACAUUCUGAAACAUGUGUAUAAAAACCAUAGUGUGUCCGUCAGCGUGUUUCUUCCUUUUAUUUUUAGUUCAUGUUUUGCAAUCGCUUUUUAUAUGUUUUUUCACAGCAUUCUGACAUGCGAUGUUUUAUUGUUGUGUUGAUGUAUAUCAUGUAAUACAAUUACAUUCCGCUUGCUGUACUCUCAGAUAUUACAUUACAGCUAAAUGUGUAUUUUAAUUUUUAGAUUUGUUUUUGUUCGCCGAAGAAGACGUCUUACCGACAUGUUCGUUCUUUUGUUUCAGUCCCUUUUUAUGGUUUCUCUUACCAGUUUUUUUUUAUUACUUGAUUAAAAAACAACAACCCACUUAAUCGUUUCCAACAGUUUCAAUAUAUUUUUCAUUUCCUCAAACACUGCUGCGAAGCAAGGUUAUUGAUUUAGUUUUGACAUGAAAUGGAAAAAUUACGUGAGUUUUCAAGUGCCCGAGUAAUGCUGCAAUCGUUACGGUUGCAAACAUUGUUCCGCAGAUGUAAAUAUUUUAUUAACUCGGUACUUUUCAUGACAUGACCCAAUUUGUGUGUCUUGACGCAGAUUGUCCGCUACCAAGGUGGAUGCUACACCAAGUUGACGGACGUCAUACACGAAUACAUUCUGUAUGCUGGCCUGGUGUUUGCGGCACUGCUCCUCUUUCAGGUAAGUUUGCACAACUCACGUUGGUCAUAGCAGGCCAUUGCUUAAGUUACGCCGAACAACAGAGUGUCGGGGUGGGGCGAGCCUCUGUGUGAAAUUCGGAAAAAUAAUAAAGGAAAAAAAAACAACUAAUCUUUAAUCAUAACAAUUACCCAUUAACACCCUCCCUAUUCACCGAUGCUCUCCCUUUUCCUCCAAAGUCUUUCUUACCCUUCUCUACCCUUUUUUUACCGCUUCUUCUCUCCAUUUUGUCCUCUCUACCUGCGUCUCCUUUCUCAAUGCUCUUUCUGCCUCUCCCUCUUACUCCCCCCCUCUCUUUUCCUCUCUUUUCUUUCCUCUCUACUCUUACACCUUUCUCUGUCAUUCUCUUUCGUCAUUUCCUGAUCAUCUUUUAUCAUCUCCCAUAGUUAAUUGUUGAAUUAAGUAUUAUAAUGAAGCAUGCUAGUUAAAGCUCUAUCCACAAAUAGAGGCAGGGGCAUCAAUUCAGGUUUUUUCAGGGGGAGGGGGCUGGGCAGAAACCAAAACUUGGUCGGCUUGUUAAGUUGUUAAUUUCUGGAAGCGCCACAGUACAUAGCAAUUUAAAUAAAUCAUGCAAAUUCAGGAAGGGGGGGGGGCGGUAAAUGUCCCACCCGGCCCUACCCAAAUGACGUCCCUGAUUAGAGGUAUGCGGGGGGGGGGGGGGGGUUGAUGCAUUCUUAGUGUGGUAAAUAGGUCUCAGAUAUCUGGUUAGAGGCUGUGUUAUGUAGAACACUUUUCCCACCCCCCCGGCCCUCCCCAAUGGCGGCCCUGGUUUGGGGGUUGGGGGGGGGGGGGAGAGGUUGAUGCAUUCUUAGUGUGCUAAAUACGUCUCAGAUAUCUGGUUAAGAGCUGUGUUAUGUAGUACACUUUUCCCGUGCUUGAACUUUGUUUCACCCCACAUUAUCUUCCUUGCAGACGGUAGCGUUUGUUGUGGAAGUGGCUUAGUAUUUGAUUUAUCGUGUUUACUACCGCCCACCAAUUAAACAUGGUUACUAUGUCUCCUAGUAUCUUGUCGAACAUUCGCGAUUUGCUCUAAAAACGUAAACAAAUGCUGAGUAGCUUCUGGAAGGCAGGGCUUACUUACGCUGCAUAUAUAAAGGGAUUGACAGACACGGAGAGAGAAGUAGAUUCAGAGAGAUAUUAUUAACUUUGCGAGACAAUUGUAUUAUUCUUUCUCUGCUCAUAUGUGUUUAUUCGAAUUCAUCAUUCAUCAUUAUUAAUUUGCACAUUGAACUAAUUGUGUACCGUUACAAGAUUUUCCAAUACUCUGUAAGUUGAUGAUUUGUAAUUAUAGUUCUUUUGUUUUGUAAUUGUAUUAUUACUAAAUUAAAUCUUAUUAAUUGUAAUUGGCAACAGUUUUGGGUGUCGUAUUUUUGUUAUUGAAUAUUUCUCUAUGGUAUCGUCCUUUGUUAGGCACUGUUUGAACGAGCCAUACAAUUAAAAUAGGAGAUUAAUUUCUCAAAAUGGAAGCUAGUGCGUAACAAGCUGUAAUAAAGAUUUGUUAAAGGCAUUCUAUCAUGUUUUUUUUAAUUCUCAUUUCUGCUCACUUGCUCAACAGCUCAUCCAGGUGAUUUGUGCCAUCGUCAUACAAAAGAAAAACAAAGUUUCCCCGUUCUAAAGGAACGGACCUAACUACCGACUAAAUGACGCUGUCAUGGUUUUGUUAGUCAUUUCAAUCAAACUAAAUUUUUAUUUUAUAUUAUAUGUUUGGUGUUUAAAAAAACAACAUUGAAUUAAUUUAAGUAUAUUUUAUAAUAAACUAACUAAUUCUUUAAAGUGUCUUUUUAGAUUAGUUCACCAAAUAAAAUAAAGAAUGAAUUUUUUUUUUUGUGUAUAAAUAUUUUCUCCUCAAUGUUAAUAAUUUCGUUUAAGUGUCUAUUACGUAAAUGAAAUAACAUUUAGUUGGAUGCUGUUUGCGCAGUGGCCCAGAGAAAUCUGAAACUUGACCUAACUUAAAUUUAAAAAAAUAAAAUGAACAAGUACUCAUUGCACUUUAUUUACUUAACUCAAUAAUUCUUAUGGAUUUAUCAAACCCAAAAUAGAGAAUUUCUCAAGAGCUGGGACUUGAGGCAUCAAACAAAAAAGUGUAAAGAAAACGAUUAAUUAAUAUUAAUCUUAGAAUAACAUAUGAAAGUAAAUGAAAGGAGAGAAGAUAAUGAACUUUGCUGUGUAGGCUAUUACAGUGUUAAAAUGUUUUUCUCUGUACUUCUUGCCCUUUUCCCUAUGAAAGAUAUCUGAUGUUACUUUCAGCAAUUUUUAAAAAAAAAUCUCAUUGCACUUUAUUUACUUAACUCAAUAAUUCUUAUGGAUUUAUCAAACCCAAAAUAGAGAAUUUCUCAAGAGCUGGGACUUGAGGCAUCAAACAAAAAAGUGUAAAGAAAACGAUUAAUUAAUAUUAAUCUUAGAAUAACAUAUGAAAGUAAAUGAAAGGAGAGAAGAUAAUGAACUUUGCUGUGUAGGCUAUUACAGUGUUAAAAUGUUUUUCUCUGUACUUCUUGCCCUUUUCCCUAUGAAAGAUAUCUGAUGUUACUUUCAGCAAUUUUUAAAAAAAAAUCUUACGUGAAAAUUCUCCAUUUUCUGUUUAAACUUACACAUUAAAAAAAUGUUUAUUAAAUUUCACAUUUUCCGUCCAGAAACACGUUCAUUACAAUAUCUAACAGAUCUUCCUCAUACAAAAUUGAAACCGUCAUGUUUUGUAGGCCUAUACCAUUUUUGUUUUGUUUUGAUGACUUUAUGAAUGAAGAAGUAACGGUAGCUGCCCAAGACUAAACAUAGUUAGUAAAAAUUAAAUAUGUUUAUUUUCUUUAAUCAUUUAUUUUAAAAUCGAUGACAUUUUGUGUGUGUUGUGAAUGAACUCAAAGAUAAUUUUUCUUAUUUUAAAAUGUAUACAUACAGGGAGAUAACUCACCGUUUAUUGAAUAAGAGUAGCUUAGAGUUAUGUCAUCUUUACAAGACGUUAAGGCUGGAGCGCACUCAGUUUAAAUAAAAGUAUUUAUAUUUGUAGCUCUAAGUAAUCCUUUGCACUAAAUUUGCAUUCAAAUUAUAGUGUUACGUAAUUUUUAUUUCCAAUUCUGUUUUUAUUGAAACAGAAUCUGAUUAGUUUUAGCGAAAGAUUGUUUAUUUUAUUGAUUAUUUUUUUUCCGUUUGGAAAUAUUUUGUAUUCGAUUUUUAAAUAUGAAAGCUUAAAAAAAAAAGUAUAUAAUUGCUGUCUGUGAUAUAAAAUUUACUGAACUUAAUCAGUAGAUUUUUAAUUUUUAUUUUACAAAAGAAAGAUGUGAUAUUCAAAAUAUUUCUAUGCAUAUAUAUUUAUAUAUAUUUAAAAUAAAAUCCUUGAAAACAA